CUUCGUACAUCUAUCCGUUAACCCCAUUCUCUCUCUUUCUCUCUCUCUCCUCUCUGCAACUCUUCUCUCCUCCACAUUCAAGAGGAAGAAAAGAAAGAAGAGAAAAAUAAAGAAUAAUUAAAAAGAAAAUAAAUUUUGCAAAAAAGAAAAAGAAAAAGUUGGGGGAAAUGGGGAAAUUGCUCUUUGAUUCUUCGACCGUUGCAGAGGCAUUUCAAAAUUCAUCGUCACCAUGGAAGGACCAAAAGUCAACGCCGCCAUCACCGCCGCCACCUCCACCUACUACUACCGCCGCUGCUGCUGCUGCUCUUGAUGCAAUCCAGGCCGUAGAUCUCGUGGACCAAUGGGAUUCGGUCCACGGCCUGGAGGACCAGCAGCGCCGCCACUUGCAGAGGCUGCACGCGAAGGGCGUCCUGUGGAAGCACCCACAGGACGGCUCCUCCGCGUCGGUGGUAUUCCGGCUGUCGCACGGAGGAGAGGUUUCGUCCGACGGAAACUGCCUGUUCACGGCGUCGCAGAAGGCGAUGGGCUUGGCGGAGGCGGAGGAGGAGGACGAGGCGCGUGGGGAGGACGCGCGGGAGCUGAGGAGGCGGACGGUGAGGAGGUUCAUGGAGGAUUUCGGAUCGGCGAAGGCGGAGGAGAGGGAGAGCAUAGAGGAGGCGAUAAAGCAUAUGUACGCGCCGGAUCUGAAAAGCGGGUGGGGGAUCCAUGUGGUUCAGGAGGUCAAGUUGUUGGCUGACAAACAAGAUCGCUUGUCUUUGGAUUCCGCCAUUGACGAGCUCGUUCAACUCGGCAUGCAAAGAGAAAUGGCGGCGGAGUCUAUUUACAAAGAGAGAUGUGUUCCGGUGAAUGAUGGUCCGAGUUGGGCGAAAUACAUGUCGAUCUCUGGUUCAUCUGAUGAUGAAUAUGAUAUCAUCACUUUGCAGUAUACUGAGGAGGGUUUAUUAACUGUAGAUGAGAAUAGGGAAGGUCAUGCUGCAGCUUUUGGAGAUGAUAUAGCAAUAGAGUGUCUUGCAACAGAGUUCAAGAGGGAGAUUUAUGUGGUGCAAGCACAUGGAGCAGAUGCAAUGGUUGACGAAGAAAAUUGUGUUUUCUUCCUCCCACAUCGCCCUAGGAGUCAAAUUUGUGAACUUCCCUUUUUCCUUUUCAUGAAAGGAACAGGUUGGUGUGGCGCUGGAGCUGAUCACUAUGAGCCCCUGAUUGCCCAUCCUUCUUCUUAUGUUUCCCAGGAGAAGGUUGCAAUGGUACUUUGAGGAUACUUGUCCUGCAGUUUUGUGGCUUAGAGUUUGAGUAGAAGUAGUUGUUCCAUUUAUUUUUUCCUGUAAUGUUUCAGAUGCAAUCAAGUUCUUCUGAUUCCUUUCUGGGUGACAAGGAGAGUUUCAUUGCAUAGAAUUCAUUUUUUUGUUAGCAAUAGCUAGAAUCGGCUUUGACUCUAACUAGUAGGUCUUAUGUCUGCAAUUGAGCAACCUGUAGUAGUAUUCUUCACCGGCUUCUUUUAUUGUUGUGGUUGAGUAUUUUUCCUCUUUUUUUUGGGGGGGGGGGGGGGGGGGGGGGCAUUGUACGUCUAGGGUCUAUUUUGUCCAAGAUAGAAUAGUGCCUUUCUGUUGUAUCUUAUGCUGGAGUUUGUUACUGCAAUGAUAGAAGUGAUUUUUUAUUUUUGUUUUUUAAA